GUUUUGUGUGUGUGUGUGUGUGCGUGUGCGUGGAGUGAGGGAGCGGGGGUACCGUGAACGCGCCUGACGGAUCCCCGGCUCAGGGCAGCGAGGGCGCGCAUCUCUGUCCUCCGCUCGUGAAGCGACUGCAGGGGAGCCAGAUGCCCGACUGUGAGCCGCUGCCUGUGGAUACUCAUCCCAAAUGACAGAGCAGCCGAGAGCCGCAGACGCGUUUCGCCCUGUUUCGGGGAAGAGGAGAGAAUAAAAGGCGGCAAACGGAGUAAGAAUUGUUUUUCUUGUUUCAUUUUUUUUUCUUCUUCUCUCUCUUCGCUUUCAGCAUCCUCUUAAAACGAAGAGCUUCCUUGGACUUGGAGUACCGGGCAUCAGUUAAAAAAAAAAAAAAAAAAAAAAAAAAAAAACCUUAUCCCACUCUGCUCCUGCUGCUGCGGCGCUGCAAACUGUGAGCGCGUCCUCCUCUCACUGCUUUGGAAUAUACAGCGUGACCAUAUGCGCAAAACCAUGGAGAUUAUAUGACGUGGAUGUAUUAUUGUCAUUGUUAUUAUUUUUCUUUUCUCUGAACAAAACUGGACAUCUACAACGCGGACGUCCCUUCUUUUCCUUUAUAUUUUCCGCCUUGCCCCUUUGCGUUCUUCUGUUCUGUUCUGUUCUCCCGUUUGCUCCGCGGCCACUUUAUGAUUUCAUGUCCUUAGCUGUUCUCCCUCGUUUUCAUUCAUUUCUUUUUUUCAUUUUAUUUUUUUAUUCGCACUUGUCGUUUUUCGGUACGUUUCGGACGCGCAGAAGUGGGAUGCCUCGCGGUGAACAUUUGCGGGGAGAAGAUUCCGCGCCGCGGCGGGGGUGAAUGAAUCGUAGUCUCCCUCUCCAUCUGAGAUGUGCCAUGGAUGGGAAACUUAAUUUGGAUCCACGGAACCGAUCGGGGAAUAGCCGUCGCGUCAAAUAACUACUGCUGACAUCGAUCAGGACGAAUGUCAUAGGAUGAACACUGCUGGUGGGGUGUGUCUGUCUGUGCUGUCCUCUCUCCUGGCUGUGGCUGGGGCCCUGGCUGCCGUGUCUGCCCUCGCUCUAGCUCCUCUCUCUGCCCUGGCUGAGGCUGCCCAUGGGGCUGCCAACAGCGUCCCCAGCGCCGGGGCAGAGGGGGCCCCCUCGCCCAUCUCCUCGCCAUGCUCCAGCCUCGUAGCCGGGGUGCUCUACGGCUCUUUCUCCCUAAGGGAGCUCUUUCCCUCCAGGGCGCCUGGUUGUUCCUGGUCCCUGGAGAACCCGGACCCCACCAAGUACUCCCUCUACCUCCGCUUCACCCGCCACCCUGUCAUCUGCCGGACACACUCCCCCAUGCUCCUCUCCCUUGACCACCACCAGACCAAUCAAAGCUGCCCCCUCCAUAUACAGACGUCCCCCGCCAGGGAUCAAGAGGUCGUCGAUCUCUGCGGCAGCGAGUCGAACUCAGACGGGCCUUACUCCUUCCUGCAGUUCGACAAGAACUUUGUCCAGCUAUGCUUGACGAGACAUCCGGCUGCAGACGAGCCUCAGGUUUCUAAGGAAUUGCUGGAGCUGAGACUGGUGGAGGUGCUGCUCAUCAACAACGAGAACUCCAGUCAGUUCACCUGCGGCGUGCUCUGCCGAUGGUUCGAGGAGUGCGUGCGCACGGAGCACAACGGGGACCGGGAUGUUUCGGACGGGGACGGCUGCGGGAUGACCCAGACGGGCUGCAUUUGUCCGAACCACAACAUCAUGGCGCCGCCCGUUCCGCUGCUCCCGGAGACGCCGCACAGCUUCAGCAACGGUUCGCUGGCUCCCGACGACUGCUGCGUCACCGAGCUGCACUCCAACGACGCCAUCGCGAUAGCACCCAGGGACGUCCGUCAAGACCCGUAUGACGAUGACCUGAAGGUGAAGACCCAAAGACCACGAUCAGCUGACCAGCCAGGUGUGUUUCAGGCACAAACAGGUGACCCUGCGGCGGAGGAGUGGUCACAGUGGAGCGUGUGCUCCCUCACGUGCGGGCAGGGCUGGCAGGUGCGGACGCGCUCCUGCGUCUCGUCUCCCUACGGGACGCUGUGCAGCGGCGCCCUGCGGGAAACGCGCAUGUGCAACAACACGGCUUCCUGUCCGGGCGAGCCGGGAAUCGUAGGCUCAGUGCAUGGGCUGUGGGAGGAGUGGUCGUCAUGGAGUCUGUGCUCCGUGACCUGUGGGCGGGGCUCCAGGACGCGAACCAGGAAGUGUGUGGACGGGAGCGGGGCCUUGGCUUGCGGACGGCCCGAGAUUCAGACCAAGCUCUGCAACAUAGCAGUGUGUCCUGUGGAGGGCCAGUGGUUGGAGUGGGGCCCCUGGUCGAGAUGCAGCGUGACGUGCAACGCGGGAACCCAGCAGAGGCAGCGGCGCUGCAGCGCGUCGGUGCACGGCUGGGCUGAGUGUAAGGGCCCCCAUCAGGAGAGCAGAGAAUGCAGCAACCCCUCGUGCAGUGGUGGAGGGAACUGGGGCAGCUGGAACCACUGGAGUCUGUGCAGCAAGACGUGUGACUCCGGAUGGCAGCGGCGCUUCAGGAUGUGCGAGGGCACCGGGGAGCAGGGCUACCCCUGCGACGGCUCUGGAGAGGAAGUCCGGUCCUGCAACGAGAAGAAGUGCCCUGCUCCUCAUGAGAUAUGCAAAGACGAGCACCUCCUCGCUAUGUCGUGGAAGAGAGCAUCGGCCGGAGAAACCGUCUACAACAAGUGUCCAACUAAUGCCACUGGAUCUGCUAGUCGUCGUUGUAUGCUGGACAAUAAUGGAGUUGCUUUCUGGGGUCCUCCGAGCUUCGCCAGAUGCGUCUCACUUGAAUAUAGAUAUUUACAUUUAUCUUUACGAGAGCAUCUCGCGAAGGGUCAGAGGACCCUGGCCGGGGAGGGCAUGUCUCAGAUCGUACGGAGUCUCCUGGAGCUCUUGCAGAGGAGGAGCUACUACAGUGGCGACCUUCUCUUUUCCACGGAGAUCCUGCGAAAUGUGACGGACACCUUCAAAAGAGCAACCUACAUCCCAGCUCCCGACGACGUGCAGAAAUUCUUCCAGAUAGUCAGCCACAUGUUGGACAUGGAGAACCUGGAGAAAUGGGAGGACGCUCACCAGGUCGCUCCCGGCGCCGCUUUGCUGAUGAGGAUAUUAGAAGAUUUUAUUCACCUCAUUGGAGAAGCCCAGAAGCCUUUUCAGAGCUUCCUGGUGGUUACCAACAACCUCAUGAUAACCAUACAGCGAGAGCCAGUUUCGGCCGUUUCUAGCGACAUCAACUUCCCCAUGAAGGGCCGGAGAGGGAUGAAGGACUGGGCCAGAACAGCAGAAGACAAGCUCUACAUUCCUAAAGAGGUCUUCACCGUCCCAGCUGAAGAAACGGAAGCAGACACAGAAUCUACUAUGUACUAUGUCAUCGGAGCCAUCCUCUACAGGACUUUGGGCAUCAUUUUACCUUCACCAAACCCACCCGCGGUGAUCAACUCCAAGAUCCUGACGGUGACGGUACGGCCGGAACCGCAACCCACCGAGCCCAUGGUGGUGGUGGAGCUCUCGCCGCUUUUAAAUGGUACAUCAGAUCCUCAGUGCGUUGUCUGGGACUAUGGCAACCCGGAAGCGGGCGCAGAAAACUGGGGCACGGAAGGCUGCCAAACUCUCGCGUCAACCACUGUCCACACCAAAUGCCUGUGCAGCAGGAUAUCCACCUACGCCGUGCUAGCGCAGCAAGCUAAAGACCCGGACAUGGGUCCCACCAGCAUGCCCUCUGUGCCCCUCAUGGUGGGGUGCGGGGUCUCCUGCACCGCUCUGCUCAUCCUGCUGUUAAUCUACGCUGCCUUCUGGAGGUAUAUCCGAUCGGAGAGGUCGAUCAUCUUGGUCAAUUUUUGCCUCUCCAUCCUGGCCUCCAAUUUAUUGAUUCUGGUCGGACAAUCACAAACUCUCAGCAAGGGCCUCUGUACUGUGACUGCCGCCUUCCUGCAUUUCUUCUUCUUGGCGUCCUUCUGCUGGGUGCUGACUGAGGCGUGGCAGUCCUACCUGGCCGUCAUCGGCAAAAUGAGGUCCCGACUCAUUCGCAAGCGUUUCCUGUGCCUCGGCUGGGGUCUCCCGGCCCUCGUUGUAGCAGUUUCGGUGGGUUUCACAAGAGCAAGAGGUUACGGCACAGCCAGCUAUUGCUGGCUGUCCUUGGAGGGCGGACUUCUCUACGCCUUCGUGGGGCCCGCCGCCGUCAUCGUGCUGGUGAACAUGCUCAUCGGCAUCGUGGUGUUUAACAAGCUCAUGUCUCGAGAUGGCAUCCCCGACAAGUCCAAAAAGCAGCGAGCAGGUGUCCCGGCGGAGGCGCGGAGCCGACUGCUCCUGAAAUGCUCCAAGUGUGGCGUGAUCUCGAGCACCGCUAUGUCCAGCUCGACUGCCAGCAGCGCCAUGGCGUCUCUGUGGAGCUCCUGUGUGGUUCUGCCCCUGCUGGCGUUGACCUGGAUGUCAGCGGUGCUGGCCAUAACCGACCGCCGCUCCACACUCUUCCAGGUCCUCUUCGCCGUCUUCGAUUCCGUCCAAGGCUUUGUCAUCAUCACGGUCCACUGCGCCAUGCGCCGAGAGGUGCAGGACGCGGUGCGCUGUCGAAUGGGGGGAUGUAAAGACGACAGCGAGAACUCGCCAGACUCCUGCAAGAAUGGACAGGUGCAGAUCAUGAGGUGCGGGAACGUGAGCGCCUGCGGGCAGCAGUGCAGCGCCUCGCGCCACAGCACGCCGCUGUGCCUGUCGGGCUGCCACCCGCAGCCCCCCCCGCCGACGUGCCACCAGACGUGCCAGCAGGCCUUUUACACGAGCCUGGCCCGCAGCGACUACGCGCUGAACCACGGCCACGCGCAUGAGCUCACCCCCAUCCUCAACAGCACCCACAACCAUAACCACGCCCACAGCCACAACCACAUCAUCGGCCUAUCAACGGAUUUUGAGAAGGACGUGGACUUGGCUUGUCAAACAGAGCGAGGACAUCCAUUCAUUUUCAAAGAAGUGAACACCUGUAACCCGGCCACCAUCACCGGGACCCUCUCCCGCAUCUCCCUGGACGACGAGGAUGAUCCUAAGCUGGCAGCCCACCAGGAAGGCGGGGUGGGAGUGAACUUCAGCUCCCUCCCUGGGAACAUCCCCCCUCCCAACCUCAUUGUACAGGUUCCGACCCUGGGAGGACUCAACGAGCUGAGCGAGACGCCCUUGAAGAAGGAGGUCAACGUGGACCAGCAAAGGCAGCAGGGACAACAACGCAGCGGCGCCCCGAUCUACCUGUGCACCGAGAGCGGCCUGGGGUGGGCUCGGCCGCCCGCUUCCUCCAACAACUCCCAGGACGGAAGCGCCGGGAGCGGAGGGAGCGUGGGCGGAGGCGGAGGGAGCGGCGGAGGCGGAGAGGGAGACUACAUGGUGUUGCCUCGCAGGACGGUCAGUUUAAAACCCCCAGCGCCCUCCUCUCAAGGGGGAGGCCUGGGGCUCGGGGGCGAGGACAAGCCGCUCAACAUUGCAGUGGAGGAUCCUCCCUUCCCCCCGCCUCCCUCCCCCCUGACCCUCCACCCGGCUGAGAGCGAGGCCUACCCGGCGGAUUUUGUGCCGUCCAGCGUGGGCGACAUGAACAUCGCCAUGAACCUCAACCGCUCCUACGGGACGAUCAAAACCAUGCCCCAUGGGCACGGCCACUUGAUGCCUCAGGGUGGCCUUGUGCACUCCCACGGAGGACACAUGCAUAACCACGGCCACUCCCUGCAGCUGAAGCCGGGACAGAGGCCGUCGGUCAGACAGAUCCUGACGGGGGGAUCUACAGUGGAGAGAACCAGGACCCUGCCACGCAACCUGGGCAGCACCAAUGCCAACACCAACCUCUCAGCCGGAUCUCUGGAGAGGAAAAGAGUACGGUACUCUGAGCUGGACUUUGAGAAAGUGAUGCACACUCGCAAAAGACAUUCUGAGCUAUACCAUGAGCUCAACCACUCGUCCAAGUUCCACACCAUAGACAGGUAUAGCAGGGACCCAGCCAUGUCCUCAUUCAAGGUCCCCCCUCCCCCACCACCGAGGCACAACACAGAGCCAUCGCUAGCGCGCAGAACGUCCCUUGUUUACAAAGAAAGUCAACGUAAGACAUGCUAAACCUCACAUAAACCUGGUGCAGUAGAGCCCCUCGUAAUGCUAAAGCAGGCCUGGAUUGAAGUGCUACAUGUCACAGUGUGAAUCUUUGUUUGUCACUGUUCGUUCCGCAAACUGUGUUUUCGUGCAGCAAAUGUGCAUUUCUGAAUCUUGGUUAAAUCCAACCCCCAGCAGUGAAUAUUCGGCUGAAGCUUAGCAACUGUAAGGAGGCCUGUCAAGCUUUGGAUUUCUUUAUAUGUCGACAUGCGGUGAGUAACAGUGUAGUAAGAGUAAGGGUUAACUAGUUUCUUUGUAAACCAAAAGCACCUACAGCUAAAGUAAAGGGAAUGGGUCGUCUGCAGUAACGUGAGCAGAAUCAUUAGCAUGCGCGGCUAACUUACUCAGCAUAUGCUCAGUAUGCUUUCCCUUUCAAACCACGGGUUUUAAAGUUUAAUCGAUAAAAGGCUGAUCCUUGAUGCUAUUAGAGUUCAGGCUAAGUGUAGCCGCCCUGAUCCUCUUCGGACUAUUCUUUACACUCCAGCCAAUAUUAUCCGAGGCCAAGUUAAAUUAAGCCAAAUGUAUCACUUAAUCCUCAUUCCAAGAACUCUUUCCCUUUUAUUGCUAGAAGUGUAAAUAUACUUUAUUUCAGCUCAGUCUUUUGGCUAAGCAAACAAACAGUUCCUAUACAAGGGAGCACAUCUUAAAUUUAUCUUACUCUUACUCAAGCAAAUAUUAAGUAUAACUAGAUUGAACUGAAGCUGAAGAUGUUGAACACGUUUUAGACUAGUAUAGUAUGGUGUACUUUGUGCACAUUACGUGCAUAAUUUAGCUAGAAUUAGGAGUUUUUAAAGUAACUCCACUCCUGUUGUUACUAUGUAGUGGAUGUGUGCUAAUGAAAAGCUCGACAGGCUCAGCAACAGUAGCUAAAGGUGCCGACCAGAUGGUAUUGCUGCCUUCAAAUGGGGUCAUGGUGCAGUAUUCACAAGAAAAGUGUAUGUGAAGUCUUGUGGCGUUCACAGCCUUGCAAAUGGACUUUGCUGUAUUGAACUUUGUAUUGGACUUGCACUGAUAUAUUGUAAUUUAGUCAGGGUUCUCUUCCUAAUUUUAUGAAAUGACUGAAGAAGUGUUAGUCACCUGGUCUGGUCAACGUCCUCUGUGGCUACUGCUGCUGUUACUACAUAGCUUUAUGUGUUCCCAUGCUGUAACCAGAAACAUAAAUUCCACUUGAAGGCAGCGUUCAUUCAGGUCAUGGUACUUUAGUGGAACGACUUCUUCAAUUCUUUCCAAUCAAAGAAACACAAACAGUGACAAACUAUAAAUUCACUUCAUGUAGCUGCUCGUCUACUACCUGUCAGUGCUGCCUCAUCGUGAAGUGACUGUAUUUGAUGAACCUCAAUAUUAGUGGUGUGGCGUUGUGCAUCAUACCUUACAUCCCUUGUGCGUUAGCAUUCAGGUGAUGAAUGCUAAUCCCCCUGCCUUUAUUAACCCCCAUACAAAUUCCUGUAUAAACACACGACUCGAAACACCUGGAGAGAGGGAUUUGUAUGGCGGUCUAAUUCUGGACUGGGUUUUAUUUUUAUUUUGGGAUUGUGUUUGUGGUGUAACAACCCAUACAGUCAUCGUGUCCAUUUCAGUGCCUGAGUUAUAAACACCCUAACCAAGUGAUAAAUCAGUUCAUAAAGACAAUGACCCAUCCAAACCGGUUUAUAAUCACCUCAUAAACCAUGAUAUUCUGUCCAUAAACCAGCUCGUUGGCACUAAAAAGGGGCCAAACACUCUGCCCUUUGUAUUGGUGCUUCUGAGAGACUCUCAGAAAUACCACAUGGGUCAUGGGAGACCUGAUCCGUUUUACUCUGGAAAGGUAGGAUCUCUGUGGUGGCUGUGUUGAGGAGAUGAGUGGAUAUCAUAAAAUGUGAAGACAUGUUUUUUUUCUUUUCUUAUUUUGCUUUGUUGUUUUCAACUUUCUCUUCUUUUUCAAUUUCCCAUUCAAGUGCAGUGGGCUUUAAGUGACCUCGGCUAGAUGGGUGCCAUCGCAGAUAAAACACUUCUUUUAGUUCUGUGUCACCCGGUAAUUGGCAAUUCCACAUUUGCAACACCAAUAGGUAGAGGCUCUAACGCCUCCUCAUUUACCUCAGCACAGCUUUUCUGUCUGUACCAUAGCCUGUGUAAAUAUUAAUUGCUCCUCAAAAGUGAAACCAAAGCGAGUAGAGCUCCCCCUGGUGACUGCUCCCCCAUUAGAUCAUAAACUCCACCUCCUCCAUCUUAGUGGAUGGGACUAAAACACUGAAAUCCACGUCAAUUAUUAUUUUAUUUUUUUCAAAGGUGGUUUCUGUCAUUUUAGGUAUUUAGUAUAAUGUUUGAUUUAUGUUAAGGUGUCAGCUUUUAGUUCAUUAUUUGAUGCUAUAGAAACGGGACGUGACAAAGUGGCGUCCACCUGUUGUGAAAACAAUUUUUAGAAACAAGUACAGUGUACAAUCCAACGUUUGAUUGAUUGAUUAAAUGAAACAAGAUGGCGCCGCCCAUAUCCCCAGGAAAAUAGUGCCAGUUUGGCUAAUGGGGACUCGUUGUCCGUGUUUAUACCGUCUAUGGUCUGUACUAAGCAGGACAUAAAAUGCUCAUAUGGGUCCCUGGUAAACCAGACGUGAUGAAGGUCAGUCCCAGCCUUUUAUCUUCCUGCUUCCACUGGACAGUCUUAAAAGUAGGUGUUCCACAGGUUGCUGCGCGUCCGUGCUUGAUUGCCAACUAUUUUGACUCCAAAACAACAGGAAUCAAGUGCUCUUUGUUUGAUACGCUGUAUGUAUACACAGUUGUCCGCCCCCAUGCGAAAGUAAUGUUCACAGUGAUAACACUUGUAUUGCACUCCGCUGAAGUGGAUGCAAAGCGUGCUCCGCGAUAUUACUAAUGCUGAAAACAAAUUCCAAACCUACACUGUUUUAAGUACAGCGGAUGCUCGGCCCGGGGCCAUAUGGCUGGCAGAUGGAUUGAGUCCGUUCUCGUUGUGAAUUCUUCAACCGUUGUCGAAUACAAAUGGAGUCAAAGGGGUUACCAAAAAAAAAAAAAAAGAGGAGGUAAUUUGUAUGUAGCGCAGUAUGUAUUAGCAUUAGUGUCUGUGCUAAUGUUUAGAUUUAGAAGCGCUUCUCGGCCCCUGCCACAGUGGAGUUAGUCUGUCAUUUUCUGUGCUUUCCACAGGGUUCAGAAGGUCACACCACAGAUUUGCAUGCAUUGCCCAGUGAGGCAGUGAUGUGACUCGCUGUGUGUGGGAGAGAGAGAGGGCAUUUUCACUGCAUAAUGGCUCGGCUGAUGUAUUUUUUUUUUUAUUUUAUUUUUUUUUUAGCUCUCAAAUGAGAUAUAUUUCCAUCCCGUCGUCUGCUGUGUUCUUGAUUAAAUGAACCGUGGAUUGGCUUCCCUCUCCAGAAAGACGCCGAGGAGUUGCGCAGAGCGCAGUGGGGAGGAGGAGAGAAAGGGACAGACAAAGAAAAUAAGUCUACUUGAUGCGAUUUCACUGAUGCCAGAUCGGGCCAAGAAAUGGGCGAGCAAAUUUUCUAUUACGAAAGAUGUAUUAGUAAAUCAACCUAAAUGGCCGGAGGCGUGUGUGAGAAUUCCAUGAUGAAAUCCUUGCCUAUUAGGUUACAUGUGGAGAUGUAUUGUGGCGUAGUCUGAGAGGAUUUCUUCAUUAGCCUGCCCCACGGAGGAGAGCUGAGAGAGGAGGGUGGUGCCUUCAUAUCCCCGUCUGGUAUUAGUGGCUGGUUUUCAUAUUGUGGUUUCAGGCCACUGUAUGGAAAUUCAGCUAAGGUAAUGUGUGCGCUUUGAGGGCGUCUUGCGUAAAAUGAAGACGUAUAAUUUCAUAUGACAAAGAGCCAAUUUUUGUUGAUUCAGUGAGGGCAAUUUGCCUGCCACUUGCAAACCCCCGUAGGUCCUGAUAGUCAAUUUGCUGGCAUUAAGAUGAGGGGUUUCAAUUUCACAUUCCAGCAAUAAAGCAAGUCCUCUUGCUCUUCAUGUCUCGUGCUCCCCUCUAUUCGUCCUCACGCUCAUUUGACAUUUUCCCUCCUCGGAUGUCUCCCCCGUUUCCCCCCGGCCGCUCGGCGGCACGUUCGAGGCAUUAAUUGAAUAAUUAAUUCCUCUCAUUAGCUUGUUUUUAAUUAUUUCCUCGCCCCCUUCCUCGUGCCGAGUAUAAACUCAUCAACUGUUUUCAUCCCCUCCACGCAAAUUGCCCGUGAAAACCGAGGACCGGCGGAGUGUGGCUCCGGCACACCGGCGCCAUCAGCGGCUCCUAAUGAGGGGACGGACAGUCCAGGCGGAACAGGCCUAACGCUGGCUUUCGUGAGCCAACAGGCACAACACUAAUUUAGCUCAUUUAGUGUCCUUGGGCCAAUUAAAGGGAGGUGAAAAGGUCCGAAUCACUCGCUGGAUCUGCCAUCUCUACAGGCCGCGCGUUGCGCGGGCCGAGACAGCGGCACGCCAAGCCCGUGCGUCCGACUGCUCGUUUGUUUGCAGUGUGUUGCACUAAUGGAAUUUAUUUACCCUACAUUCACAAGAUUUGACUCCUUUGAAGGGCCUUAUUACUUGUGACACAGAUUCCUUCCCAGCUGAAGGGGGUAAAUGGUACUAAAGACUGCAAUGCACGGUCUAUUUUUGCGCCCGCUAAUAAAUUAUGCCAGUGCUGAAUAGGCAAUCUAGAAUCCUAUAAUUACCUUUAUUAUGUAAUGAAAUGAUGAAAAAAGAAACACAGGGCCUUUAAAUAGGCCAGUUCUGGUCCACUGACCCUAAGCCCACUGAUAACUGUAAAUUAAUUCUCACGUUCUGGCAUCCACUCAGUCUGCUCCUGCACUUUUUUUUUGAUGUUACUUUUCAUUUCUUUCCAUGCGAUUUAAGUUUAUUCACAUGCUC